UUCUUAAAGCUAUGCACAAGAUACAAGUAACAGUGUCUACAUAGUAUCCAUGUAUUGAAGACGAAUAUUUUGUGCUUUGUUGCACAAAUGUUUUACCGAUAUUGAUUAAAGUAUGUAAGUGUUAAUUAAUAUUGGUGCAUUAAUAAUUAUUGGUGCAUUGUACCAAAACCAUAGCAUAGAAGUCUGAGAGGCUAUGACACUAAACCAGAAAGGUAUCAGUAAGGAAUACAGAGGUGAAAUGGUGCUUGUUCAGCCUCUGGAACAUAAACAGAUGGCAUCUGUUUCCAUGAGUGCCAGAGGGUAAGAACACGUGGCUUUGGCCAUUUUUGGUGUGUGUGUGUUAUUUUCUUCUGGCAAGUAAGAUGGGUGAUUGUGAUGCUAAAGAGGGCGGGAUGUGAAAGGGAGGUAAUUGACCAGGUUGUGGUGCUGCCGCUCCACAACACAUGGGCUGUAUAUUACACGAUGGUUUUUGGGUUUUAAUCUCAUGUGAUCUGGAAAAUGUAUGUGAAUGUUAUGCUUACUUGCUCACGAUUGAUCUGGGUGGGGAGAGGGAGAAAGGAGGUGGGACGUCACUGAUGGGUAUGUAUUUCAGUGUGUGUGCGCGCACAGACCAGUAGCUUUACAAAACAGUCUUCGCUCAGACCCUUGGAAGGUGUUGUACUCCCUCAACUGUUUGUCUAGUUUUGAAUUAGUGUGUUCUUCAUUACUUUUCGUUAAGCCUGAAUGCUUCCAGCAUGCUGCCUGUUGCUAAUUUUGCAACGAAUCUAUAACGAAAGCAUCCGUUGGUGUAAUUGAAAACAAAAUCAUCAUGACCACAAACCGAGGAUUGCCAAGAACUUUGAGAAGAAGUGGAAGUUUACCUGCAUCCCGAACUGUCAGGAUUGUGAUUUUGGGUCAAGCUGCUGUUGGAAAAACGGCCAUGGCAGUGCGAUUUAUCACCAAGAGAUUCAUCGGCGAGUACGACCCCACUCUCGAGACUAUCUACAGACAUGAGGUGGCCAUAAAUGGAGAUGUGGUACACUUCGAGAUAUUGGAUACAGCUGGGCAGGAGGAAGACGCUCUGUUGAUUGAGGAGAAGAUCAGGUGGGGGGACGGCUUCCUCAUCGUCUACUCGGUCACGGACAGGUGCAGCUUCGAUGAGGUCAUGCGCCUCUGCUUCCUGGUCAAUCACAUCCAUGCUGGGGCCAACAGGGGGCGGAGCAAUGCCGAGCCGCCACCCACACUCAUCGUGGCCAAUAAGAAAGACCUAGAGUAUGACCGCAUGGUGACCCCGGAAGACGGCGAGAACCUGUCUCGCGGGCUCAAGCUCCCCUUCCACGAGAUCUCGGCGCGAGACAGCUGGGAGGAGACGGCCGCCGUGUUCCACGCCCUCUACGCUGAUGUGGCGCAGCAGCUGGAUGCCUCGCCACCCUCCUUCCGCCGCAGGGCCGUCUCCAAACUCAUGGAGAAAAUACCCAGAAUUCACUCUGGCACAGCACUGGGCGCCACGGGACGCAGCUUCAGCUUUGGGUCCUUCAGGGAUUACCUGCCCGAAUAAGCCCAGGGGAACAAGGACCCUCCUGGUUUACAGGACGUGAGAGUGCCUUGAUUCAACUCUCACAGAUUAUUAGAAUAUAGACUGCCCAUAUCACAGCAGUUUGGAUAGCUCUUCGUGUCUUCAUAUUUUUAUUUCGUUUCUGAUAAAAACAGUAUAUGUGUGUGGUUACCCCAUGAAUCUUGUACACAUUGCAUUGAAACAAAGACAGUUUUCAAAGUAAGUGUUGAUUUGCUUAUCCCAAACUUGACAGUAUUUUGUUCCUUCCCUGGAAAUACUGGUGAUUAAUGACAUAAACCUGAGCAAAGAGGACAACCUGUCAUUGUUUGUGGACAUGAAAAAUACUCUGACAGCGGAGGGACAAAGUGCAUGGAACCGUGGCUGACUAUUUUUCAUGGCCAAAAAAAUGCGGAACGUAAAGUUACUCGUUUCGUUUAUGUAGAGACAUAGACGACAUAUGGUUGUCCAUUCUGUUCAGCUCGUAAAGCUUUAUUCUGUCUGGUGAAUACAAAAACUGGAUAACAAGUGUUUAUGUGGAAACAUAUGUAACAUGAAUCAGCUAUACUUACUACAACCUUCUGGGAAGGACAAGGUUAUAAUAAUUGAGGUAGUAAGAAGUUGGUUUUACUGUGAGCUGUGCAACUCAGUAAGGAAUCCAGAAUCACCUGCCUCUAAACAAUAUGACAGUAUGCCCUUAGGUACCUUACCUUUGCCAGGUGAUGGACACAUGGUUUAUGUAUGUACAGUAUACUGUCACUGCAGCAUGUCAUUUUUUCUAAGAGCUUUUACAUUCGAAUAAAGUGGAUGCUCCAGGGAAGAAUCGGUCUGUGUCAGGCUACAUUUAUAAUCUAAACACAAACUAAUAAAGUUGUGUCUGAAGGAACUCUUCUAGAUGAAUGCCAAUCUUGUAUACAGUGACCCUGUCAUGAGAAUUGCACAAAUAAGAUCUUGUUCGUUAUGUAACGCAAUCUUCGAAAACGUAAUGCAUUUUGGAGUAAGACAUAUUAGCUUCAUCAGUUAUCUUACAAUCUGCAAUCUGGCAGGUUUAAGCGUCCUGGUUCAACAGAAUCAUAGACCGUUAUUAACAUAAAUUAAAGAUGUCUCUUCCACUUAGUCUUGACUUGACCCACAUUCACAUUGCCAGAAA